GAUGACAUCGAGCGAUGCUUUGAUGAGUGGGAUUCGUUACCCUUUCAACAUGCCCUUGAACAGGGGCUGCUUGCGAUUCCCCGCUCCGCUGACUGGCAGCCUGUGCUGCCGACUUGUACUGUUGCUGGGAAACGACCUGAACGAUGUGGCACUUUUGAGCCGCAUCACUCGAUCCGUUCGUGCCGUCCGCCAGCUAGUACCUGAGUUGCCAUUCUUUGACGUCAUUGAUGAUGCCCUCCUUCAACAGGUCAAAGCUUUGGUUGAGACCUAUGUUCAACAGGAAGGUGCUGCGGCUAAGGUCAUUGCCCGUGAUAAGGCGUUGGCUGAAGGGGCAAUUUGGUCUGCCAAGUGGCAGGUCGAGUUCGUCUUUGAUGCGAAUGCCCUUCGCAGAAGCAUGGCCACCAUGGUGGCCAAAGCACCGGGUCCUGACAAUUGGGCGGCCUCCGACUUGCUUCGUAUGCCCGAUAAGUGGUGGCAUCAUGCUGCUCAACUUUGGGAUAAAGUUGUUGAACUGCGCAGGACGCCGCUUGCCUGGACUGCAGGCAAGACUUGCCUCAUCUGGAAGGACAGCACCAAAACUCGUCCGAUUACCAUUCUCCCAGUGAUAUGGCGAGCCGGAGCUCGCCUGCUCAAUGAACAGCUGCAUGGCUGGGCCUUGCUGAAACCUCGGUCGCGACCGCUCUUCAGCAACUUCAACAUGAGCUUGAUCACCAUGCCUGUGGAGCUAUUCAGCAAGAUAUCGCAGGUUUCUUCGAUAGUCUUGAUCACAAGCUUACGGCACAAGUUCUUCGGCAUCUCAGGGCUUCGGCUAGUCUGGUUGCUUUGGUUGAACACGUCUGGGCCACUGGCCGUCGAUCCGGUCACCGGACACGGUUACGUCGAUGACCGUCUCAUGCUCCUCAGGGCUCACGGCACCUACCAUGACCUCCGGCAGGCUGUUGAGCGCUCCAACAUCUUCGACCGUGGUUUUGGGCUGGAGGUGGCAGUGACGAAGUGUGCCGUGCUUGCGCGUGGCAAUGACGGGGAAGCCAGAGACCUUGCUGCCACGCUGCGAUAUAAGUUUGGUUCUGAGCUUCGCACCUUGGGGGUUAAGGUUUCGUUUGAGGGUCACUGGGGUUUGCUGCGAUUCUCUCCGGAGAAAUGCAUCCAACGCCUGCGGGCCAUCCGGAGUCUGCAACUGAGCAUUGUACAGGUCAAACCACUUGUUCGCAGCUUGGUUCUGCCGUGCAUCGCUUGGGCUGCUCCCUAUGCGAGCCCCGAUGCUGCGGACAUCACUCGCCUCGCGGCGGAGAUUGAGGCAUGCUUGGAAAUGAUGGCGGGACAUGGGGCUGCCAAAGUCCUCUUCUAUGAAAUAAUUGGCUGGGAGCUUGAGCCACAGUUUGCUGUUGACCUCGCCAUCCUCAGGGCUUUCUGGCGCACCAGUUGCAGGCCGGAUGCUUGGACUGAGAGUCUUCCCCUUACGGAACUUGGAGGCUAUGCGGCCCGUGUUCUACCACAGUUGCAGCCUACUCUUGCUCGGCUUGGAUGGUGGAUUUCUGAGGAUACUCGGACCAUCUCAUGCCAUGAUGAGGAGAAUGCCCUGAGAACUCUGCAUCUUGGGCGUGAAUCUUUCAAAUGUCUCCGCGAGUGGCUCGCGAUCUCGUACCGGCGGCUCUACUUCCACAAGACUUGGCGUGUGUGGCACCAUCACCCGCGUCCUGAAGAUCACGCCACGGGGCUGCAGUUGCCGGUCCCGGAUGCUGACCUUGAUUACCGAUUUGAGGGGCACAAACGCGCCUAUAAAGAAGCUGGCAACAAUCGUGAGCUGCAGCUCGCAGUUGUGGGUGCCGGGGCCAGCAACUGGCACUUCAACGCUGGAGGCAACUUCGACCCUGAUCAUCCUCGCCAUCGAUGCCCGUGUGGAGGGCUUCGACCUUCGAGGCCGCAUCUUGUGUGGAAUUGCAGUCAUUUUGAGGAGCUCCGCGGUGAUCUGGCGCCGCCCAGAGACAAAGCGGCCGAGAGACUUUUUGCCUUACCGGUCGGCCGAUUGCCGCGGGCACCGGCGUGCAUUGAUGCGCCUGGUUUCCAUGACGAGCUGGUGGACGCAGUAGCUGGACAUGCUCACCGGCGCAGAUUGGUUGUGGCUACUGAUGGCUCCUCCAAGGACUUUGUUGGGGCCAUGGGCUUCGCCAUUCAUGAACCUGGCUGCCGUCUGGCUUUUGGUGAUGCCUACGAGGACCAGCAGCCCUACCGCCUGGAGGUCACGGCCAUUUGGCAUCUGCUCCGGGCAAUUUCUGCUGCUAAGGACCGAAGCUCUGGAUUGCACCCGUGGGAUUGCCAGGAUGUUAUCUGCGUGGUGGACUGCGAGUCGGCGAUCACGGCGAUCGAAGGCAAGCGCGACUUUGACCUGAUGCUGGUGUUGCAGGACAUCCGUCACUUUCGCCAGCGGUUGCUAGGGCAAGGCAUCGACGUGUCCUUCGUGUGGUGCCCCUCGCACGGCAAAAGGCCGAAGUGGGCUCCUCCUCUUGGCCUGGAUCCACAGACCCUUCGCGAACUCAAUACUGCAGCUGACGUCGUGGCAGGCCAGUGCAUGCAGCGUCGACGGAAUGGCUCGGCGCGAUUGGCCUGGGCUCAACACUUGGAGACUGCUGCUGAGUGGGAGUACCGUGCGGUACGGGCAGUGGCGGAUAUUGCCAAGGCAUAUCACACUCACCUACUGCAGUUUGGUGCUCGACCACGUGAGCGCGAUCCUGGAUGA